UCAGGGUUGGUUAGAUGUUGUAUUAAGUCACAACGAAUCUGCAAUGGCUGGCCCGAGGCUGUCCCUUUUUGUCCUGUUCCUCCUCGCGCUUGGCCCGAGUCAGGCCGGCCCGCCCUGUGCUAGGCUCUGUGUGGUAAGGCGCACUGGGUCCUGCCCUAGGCUCGGGGGGAUCAUAAUGGUCGCGAGUGGAGGCACCAUGCCCUGUGCCACGUGCAACACGACCGGGCAGGCCGAUGGGAAUCCGCUCAUGUGUCUCCCAGGCGAUCUGAAGAAGCUGCAAGUGGCGGGGCACUCCGACAGAAGCGGCGAGCUGAAACCACUCCCCCGCCUUGGCCAGCUCCGGCAUCUGAUCCUCGGGCCCGGAAGCGUCCGCACCGUUGGAAGAGAAGCGUUCGCACCAGUGCCAGGUAUUUCGACGCUAUCCAUGGAAAAGAACGCCAUCAAAACCGUUGGAAGCUGGUUUGGCGGGGUCACCAAGCUGGAAAAGCUGGUGCUGUCUUGGAAUAAAAUCGUGGAAAUCAAGGAGAAUGCUUUCCAGCCACUGAGACGGCUGAAAUAUCUUGAGCUCAAGCAUAACCGGCUUCCUGCUGUGGAAGAAUCUCACUUCUCAAGCCUGACCAACCUCGUGUAUCUGCACCUCAACUACAACAACAUCUCGCAGAUCGCUGGGAAGUCGUUCGACCGUCUGUCUAGGCUACGCUUGCUCUACCUGGAUCACAACAAGCUAUCGUUCCUCGGCACUGAGUGGCUACAGGGGUUAUCAAGGGACACUCGGAGUAUCUCUAUCCAGGAGAAUCCCUUCCGCUGUACCUGUGCGCUGGCGAGGCCUUCACCGUCUUCCCGUUGUUUCGACAAUCGGGACAGAAUGCAGUGCAACUACCCUCCUAGCCUCUCAGGGAGAAAGGUUGACGACGUUACGAGUGGAGAGAUGCCGUGCCCGCCACCCGCAGCCAAGGUGUCACGCCGAGACCGCGGAACCACUCUCGUGUGUGAGGUCUUCUGGGAGAAGCGACCGGAGAUCGGGUGGAUGGAUCCAAGAGGGAGGGCCGUUGGAGACCGUCAGGCACAAGACCGAUGCGGCGGCACGGUGACCACACGCCUGGAGCACGAGUACCCCACCACCCAGUCUCCUGAAGGAGGAAAGGCGCACCCAAAUGAUGCCCCCAACCUACCCUACAUCGGCCGGUCCACCUCCACCCUCCACAUGGACCCGCAAGCCUACCAGUGCUGGACGGGGGGCAGCUUCCGGUGCGUCGUGAAGUCCGCAACAGGCAGCGUCUUUGAAGAUCUGCCGCUGACCAAGUCAAGCGAGCAAGACCCAUGGCACGACCACACCGUGACAACACCUGCCCAGCGGAACGCAAGGAUGACAGAAAGGGUCCCCCAAACCCCGGACAAGAACCCCCGGCAGGAUGGCAUCACUCCGGCAGAUGAUAAGGCUCAACGGCGCACCGCCAUGACAGCAGUCCACACCCCCAAAUCUACCCGGCAUAACGGAACGGUUACAGGAAGCAUGAGCAAAAUCACGGGCAAGGACGGCAAACAAGACGGCGCCACUCCAUCAGAUUAUACUCCACUGGAUAUCAUGAUGAUAGUAUUUUACAGCCUGGGAAUCAUAAUCGUGGCUGCGAUAGUUGCUGAUAGGGUAGUGACCCGAUGCAAGAAGUGGUACGAGAAGCGACAAGAGCCACGGCAAAACUUACACGGCUACGCCGCGGGCGCCAAAGGAGGCAUACCGCUGCAAAACCUCCAGCCACCGGCAGCAGCCCCCACGACUGGGAACCCUGUACCCCCUCAACAGGCGAACGAUGACACCCCGGACGAUGCAUCCAUUACCCCGUAUGCGGAAACGUCGCGUCUGGAAAACCCCAUGUACGACGCAGACGGGAUGGGACCAAGAGGUGCGACCUCGGCGUCUCCAGACCCUCGGCCAGGGCCCAGCCUGGGGAAUGCCCCAGUUCCACCUCCGCGAUCCGACAGGCCAGGCAUCGCCGCCGGCGACUCUCAUUACUACCCACCAGGCACGGCCACGACUCGAGCAAAAGACGUCCCACCUCCCCAGACCAACAGGUGCGUCAACUCUAACGUGUCAGCACAGGCAAACCGUGCAGGCAUGUCUGCUAGGCGAAGAAACCGCAGUGCAUCCUGCGGCAGCCGAACGGCCUCCUACGACAACUGCAGGGUUUCCUACCACAACCGCAGUGCCUCCUACGACUCACAGGUCGAAGGCGUCAACCUGUACCUUGACCUGAACGGCCCACCACGCCACUCUGGCUCAGACAUUUCUCAAGAAGAGGACAUCAACUCAAGCGUCUCAGCACAUUCCAAACGUUUGGGGACGGCUACCCUGCCAAGAACCCGUGGAAGAGCCUCCUACGAAUGGACGGGGAUGGGCGAAGACGAGAACGUCGACGGCCCCAACCUUUACCUUGAUCUGAACGGCAUAAAACGGCACUCUGGUUUGGAGAUGGCUCAAGCAGAAGACAUCCCGGAUCCAAUUCCACGGACCAACAUGUAUGUCAACUCUAACAUGUCAGCACAUUCACAAGACUCGGACAUCAUGUGUCAGGCAGAUAUGAUUCCGGACCCACUUCCCCGGACUCGCACCUACAUUAACUGCAGCGUCUCAGCACAGCCACACCGCUUGGAAAUGUCCGCCGCGCCAACAAACCACGAGGCCUCCUACGACAACCUUAGGUUGUUCUGUGACAGCCGUGGAGAAACCUACGACAAGCAUGGGGCGUCCUACGACAACCUACGUAGGGCCUCCGACGACAACCGUGGGGCCUCCUUCGACAACCGCAGUGCCUGCUACGACAAUCACGAGGAAUCCUACGACAACCUACAAAGGACAACCUACGUUAGCACAUGCACAAGGUUCGACAUGCCUCAGACAGAGAGAAUUCCGGAUCCACUUCCACGAAUCCUACGACAACCUACAAAGGACAACCUACGUUAG